AUGGAGGCCAGGUUGCUGAGCACCGUCCUGGGCAUUGUCAUGGUGCAGGUGGAGACGGCUGUGCAGGGCCUGGACCUGCAGAAGAUUGCAGGAUUCUGGCGGGAAGUCGGUGUGGCUUCCAACCAAAACCUGUUGCUGAAGACCCCGAAGAGGCUGGAGGCCUUGUUCCUGACCCUGAAUGGGGACGAGCUGACCGUGAAGGCUGCUUAUAACAGCUCAGGAAGUUGUGAGACAGAAAACAUAGUGGGCUCAGAAAUGGACGUUUCGGGGAGAUUUGUUUUUCCUGGCCACAGAGAAAUCCACGUGAUUGACACGGACUACGAGCGUUACGCCAUCCUGAGGCUGUCCCUCCACUGGCAGGGCAAGGACUUCCACGUGCUCAAGUACUUCACUCGCAGCCUGGAGGAUGAGUUCGCACCGGGCUUCUGGAGGUUCCGGGAGCUGACGGCGGACACCGGGCUUUACCUGGUGGCCCGGCAUGGGGGGUGCGCCAAGCUCCUGAAGGAGGUGAGCUUCGCCCCGUCUGCUCUGAGCCCGCGCUGA